AUGGCUAUGCACAAGAUUCUGCAAAGGGGUCGUCCAUUCUUUAAUCCUCCUCAGCAACUAUUUACUGCUUUCUCACCUUCUCACACAUUUCGCUCUUGUGGAGAUGAAUCCCUUCAUGUUUGGGAAAUCACAGACACAAGAGAAGUUAGGAAUGAAUUUGACAAGGCCAACAUAAAAGGUUCAUCUCAAUGUCUCAACUGGACUUCAAGGCCAAAUUACUGUAGUCAUGCUUCUUGCUACGUGGUAAAUCGUCAUUUUGCAUCUGAUCGCAAUGAUAUAUGCACAAAGGAGUUCUCAAGUAAGCUUCUUAAAACUAUUCCAGACUAUGUAAAGAUAGUGGAGGUUGGUGCAAGGGAUGGAUUGCAAAAUGAGAAGGCUAUUAUUCCUACUAAUGUAAAAGUUGAGCUAAUACAACUACUGGUUUCUUCCGGAUUGUCUGUUGUUGAGGCGACAAGUUUUGUCUCACCAAAAUGGGUACCCCAGUUGGCAGAUGCAAAGGAUGUGUUGGCAGCAAUUCAAAAUGUUGUAGGUGCUAGGUUUCCUGUCUUGACUCCAAACAUUAAAGGUUUUGAGGCAGCUGUUGCUGCUGGCGCUAAAGAAGUGGCUGUUUUUCCUGCAGCUUCUGAAUCAUUCUCAAAAGCAAAUUUAAAUUGUGGCAUUGAGGAUAAUCUUGCUCGCUGCCGCGAUAUUGCUUCCGCUGCUGGAAGCCUCUCGAUCCCAGUUCGUGGAUAUAUAUCAUGUGUUGUGGGAUGUCCUCUGGAAGGAAAUAUUGCUCCAGCAAAAGUAGCAUAUGUGGCAAAAUCACUGUAUGAGAUGGGUUGCGCAGAGAUUUCACUGGGUGAUACAAUUGGUGUUGGCACUCCUGGUAAUGUUUCUCUCGUUGCUGUCUCUUAUGUUGUGCAAGCAAGUUUAGCUUUGGUUGCGAUGCUGGCUGGUACUGUCAUUCCGAUGCUUGAAGCUGUUCUUGAUGUUGCUCCAACUGACAUGCUUGCUGUCCAUUUUCACGAUACUUAUGGUCAGGCGCUUUCAAAUAUUUUAAUUUCACUUCAGAUGGGGAUCAGCACAGUGGAUUCAUCUGUUUCUGGUCUUGGAGGUUGUCCAUAUGCCAAGGGUGCAACUGGGAAUGUAGCCACUGAGGAUGUCAUUUACAUGCUGAAUGGACUUGGAGUGAAAACAAAUGUGGACCUUGAAAAGCUUAUGCUGGCUGGGAAUUUCAUCUGCAAGCAUUUAGGACGUGCAUCUGGUUCCAAAGCAGCUACUGCUUUGUGUAAAGUUACUAGUCAUGCCUCCAAACUAUGA